AUGGAUUUUAAGUCAAAUAAGACUAGCAGACUGUUAGAAAAUACAAAAAUAAAACAAAAUAUUUCUUUAUACACGGUUGAUGAUAUUAAUAUCCCCACAAUAAAAAAUCUGAGUAGAGAAAUCUUAUAUGAAGGAUUUAUUUCAAUAGACAGUGUAAUUUUUUUAGUUUCUACAGGAAUUAUAAAAGAAAAAGAGUUGGAUUCUUUUAUUCAAAAUACAAUUUUUACUGCAAAAAAAAUUUUAUUAUUAAGACCAGGUGUGUGGAAAUUUUUUAAUAUUUUUUCUACAAAAAUAGAUAUAGAAAAUAUAACAGUAAGAAAACUUAUAGAAAUGAGAAAUAAAAUCUUUGAUCUCGAUAAAUCUCAAAUAGCUCUUUCUUUAACAAGAGAUAAAAUUCUUGAAUUAGAAAAACGUGCACAAAACAAACUUGUUCUAAUGGAAGACAAAAAAAACAAGGCAUACUUACACAUGAUAAAAGCUUUAUAUAAGUCACGAGAUGGGGAAGAUGGACUAGCAGUAAACCUUUCGAAAGAAAGGUUCGAAUUUUAUAGAGAAAAUGUUAUUUUGUCAAAAGAGCAGAUACAAGAAGCUAAGAUAUUUAUAAAUCUGGGCGGUGCCAUUUUUAGUCCUGCUCUUCUUUUACCUCUGUGUAGAAGACUUACUAUUUAUAAAAAAAAAGAAAUAGUAAAGAAAUCUAUUUCUGCAUUUUUAGAGCCCUUAGAUAUUCUGCAUGAAACUAUAGUGAAUAGAUCAUUUAUGGAUAAAAAGAAACAAAUUAUUGAAUACUUAAUAAGUUGUUUAGAAAUGAGAAAUAAUAAUUUCAGACAAAAAAUUGAUAAUGCUUUUUAUUAUAGGUCUAUUCUUAUAGAACAUUUUAUACGUGAAAAUGGUAUUGACGAUGAAUUAUAUAAAACUUUAGAUGCUCAUCAGGAAAAAGAAAUAAAAAAAAUUAUUUAUAUUUUUGAAAACAUGGAUGAAUAUCAAAUAAGACAUGUAAUUGUACAUGAUAGACGAAUUUUAGAAUUAUAUCUUAACUAUCUUUGUGAUGGCCAAGAAACAACCAAAAAUAAGCUUUUUAAUAUUUUUACAGAUCAAUUAUAA